CUCUGCGGUCAAAUCGUCCCCGCCCCCCGGGUUCAAGAGAUUGGAGCUCCUAAAAGCGGGAUCCCCAUUCGCCUUGGCUCCAGACCAGAUGAUCUGAAUCUGUUGGGGACCAGAAAAGAAAGGGGUAGCCUACUGGAAGCUUUGACUUGAUUCUGCCAUGUCCAGACAGCAGCAUGUUCUCUCCCGAUUUGGAAACGGAUACCACUGCGGAAGACACAGCGCCCAACACCCCCAAUGAUGGAGAGGAUGCACCUGCCAGCAUUGAUGUACUGGAGGAGCAGCGGCCUGUGAAGCAGUCACUGAGUGCCUGUAUGUGCCGAGAGUCCCACUGGCGCUGCCUUCUCCUCUCCCUACUCAUGUACAGCUGCCUUGGCACUGUGGCUUGGUGCCAGCUCACCCGAGUCACAAAGCUCAGCUUCGACUCAUCCGUCACCUCCCUGACAGCCUCCAUUUCCUCACUCAGAGGGGUUGGCAUGGGAGGCCGCUCUAUGAUCUACCAUGACAGCCCCUGCUCUGACGGCUACGUGUACAUCCCUCUGGCCUUCCUGUUCAUGCUCUAUGUCGUCUACCUGGUAGAGUGUUGGCACUGCCGGGCUUGCAGUGACGUGGCUGACGUGGCUGACGUGGAUAGCGUAUAUGAGCGGGUAUUGCGGAUGCGACAGGCUCGUCCGUGUGUUUGGUGGAAGGCCAUAAGUUACCAUUUUGUUCGGAGGACCAGACAGGUGACACGCUACCGGACCGGGGAUGCCUACACCACCACCCAGGUCUACCAUGAGCGGGUCAACACACGCGUGAGGGAGGGAGAGUUUGACUACAGUCGCUGCGGUAUGCGGGACGUCUCACGGGAUCUACGUGGACUGGAGAGCCACCCGGCGACAAGACUUCGUUUCACCAAGUGCUUCAGUUUCGCUGGGGCCGGACCAGAAAAUAAUUACCUCAACCAACGUGCCAGGUUCUUCUCAGAGAUUGAGGGUUUGGAUGACUACAUGGAGGCUCGGGAAGGGAUGCAACUGAAAAACGUGGACUUUAAAGAGCACCUGAUAGCCUACGUGGACCCUGACCGCUUGCCCUGGUAUACUUCUCAGGUGGCGUUCUGGUUCACUGCUGUGCUCAUGCUGUCCUGGCCCCUGAGGGUGCUUAUAGAGUACCGUACAGCCUUUGUGCACUACCAUGUUGAGAAGCUCUUUGGGCUGGAGUACAGCCACAGCAGCCCCUCUCCAAUAGAGGAGGAGGUUCCCAUCAGGAGUGGUCUCCCUCGGGUAGAUACCGUGGACAGCACUGAGCUGGAGUGGCACAUCCGCUCCAACCACCAGUUGAUCCCCAGCUAUUCAGAAGCCAUGCUGAUGAACCUGGGGGCUUCGGACUCUGGUACAGCUGAUGACACCAGGUCCUCUAACUGCUUCCUGCUAGACAGCCACCCAGCCCAGAGCUAUGGCACGCUGGUGCAGGACUGUGAGCACUGCUGCCAGCUUCAGAGAGAGGUUGGACAGAGGCGGGCCACCACCAGCUCCAGCUGUUCCUCCAUCUUCUCCCAUCAUGCCUUUCAUUCCCGCCUCUCCCUGGACACCUCACACUUCUCACUGUGCCGGAUGUACGGCUCUCGGCGCACCGUAGGCCUGUGGAGGAGCCGCAGCAGCACACAGACUGACCGCUGCUGCGUGGAUGAGCAGUGUUGCCGUUCCUACUCCAGCCAGCUGGCUCUCAACGAGAGCCCGCCCAGCUACCGGGACGCACGCUUCUUCCCCGUCCUCAUUGUGCACCGACCCGAGGGCUGCGGUAGUGGGGACUCCACCACAGAGGUGCGGCGCUAUUAUGUCCGCCGGGGGUCCUGCUGCCUGGAGACCUCACUCUGA